AUGUCUCCUCGAACCAUGUCAAUGCUGGCACUGUUACUGGUCUCAUGGAUUUGCAUGGCCCUUCAGACAACUGGUGUUACUGUUCAAUACGAACAACCAUCGGUCGUCCGUCCUCCUCCUCUUGCUUACUCCAACCGGAGCAACCAUUUCUACAACUGUCUCCACCCGUUGCCAAUUGUGCCAAAAGUUGCUUACAUGAUAACCGAUACCCGUUACUCUCAUUCCUACAAUAUCUUGCACCCUCCCCGCCAGGUUCAAAUGUGGAACAGGCGCCGGAUUUGCAUCCAAACGUGGAAGCGCACACCCCUGCUCCUGUUGCGCCCAUCUCCCAAUCAAUCAAUCCACCCCGUGGACAUCGUCGAGUCCCCAUGCCAGUUCCCUCAACCUCCGAGGCUGUUGCUGAUGUGCCUGUGCCACCUGCUAAAGCUCCCUGUGGUCGACGCCCAAAACAGGUUUCAGUUGUUCAAGUUGAUGCUGAUUCCGGUGCCGGAAUACCUAGUGCUUGAAAGUCCAGUCCAGUCCGGUUUUUUGACCCAAAACGAAAAGACCGAGACCUAG